AUGUCGGACGCACUAGACUAUGAUAUGGAGGAACCCUUGACGUCGACCGCUAGGCCGCUGACGAACGUUACGCUGACCGUGCGGGUCAUCAAGUCGUUUCCCUACAGAAACGUCAAGAACCUUGUGCUUGCAAACUACAACUUGCGGGAGAAGACCGGGGCGGACCUGAUGCACGAUUGUCUGCAACAUAUCAAGAGCGAGGGCAGUUUCAGGCCGUUCCGGUCAGUAGACUACGACACUUUGAAGAUCUACACGCAUGCGCACCGGUCCAAAACGGUCAACCUCGUCAUAAAUUUUGACCACGAUGAUGACUGGAUCAUAGACACGAGAGAUCCACAAGGUAAGAAACUGUGCGAGUACGACAUUGAAAACGAAACUGAGAUCUCCAUGUACAAAUUGGAGGACUACCAGAAGUUUAAAGAAAACCCGGAGGAGAAGUGGUGA